ACCAUAAACCUCUCAUUUGCUCCUCCCUCUUGCGUCCUUGGACCAUCAUUCUUUCAAAGACUUAGUCUUCGCUUUCGUCUCUCAGUGACAUGGUAACAAAGUAACCACGUCCUUAUCCUUCUCUUCUCUCUCCAUGUCAAAGAAAAGCAAUUUCGUCGAAUUGGAGAAAACACACAUCUUUUUUUUGUUGUUGUCUCUCUACUCAUUCACACCCGGUUUUAAACGGUACCUGUUGUCCGAUCUCUAUCCAUCAUCCUCUACUGUGUCUUUUCUUGUAAAGCACUCUCUGUUUUUAGAUUCACACCCUCUUUUUUUUUGUUCUUUCUCUUUGACUUGUGUAAAAACCCUGAAAACAAGAAGUGUAUAAACAGAGGUACUUGUCUAAUAUAAUUGAGAAAAAAAAGAGUUCGGCUUUUAAAUAUUGUCUGUCGGUAUGGGGCUUUGCUGGUCUUCUUCAUCUAAAUCUCCUUCAACUGCAACAACAACACCUACCACUACUGGUAAUAUCAGUUCAGGUCCGUUUAAGUCAACGACUACAGAAACAUCAAGAAGUAACAUAUCUAGCACUAGUGGAUUCUCUGCGGGAAGUGGUGGAGAUGCUUGCCCCGAGGGUCAGAUACUUCCCAUUCCCAAUCUAAGGAUAUUCAGCCUUGCAGAACUUAGAGCUACAACCAGGAAUUUCAAGUCUGAGAAUGUUCUGGGAGAAGGAGGGUUUGGGAAAGUCUUCAAAGGCUGGCUUGAAGAGAAAGGGCCUGGGAGUCACAGCACUGGAACUGUGAUUGCUGUCAAGAAACUCAACUCCGAAAGCUUCCAAGGAUUUGAGGAAUGGCAAUGUGAGGUGAACUUUCUUGGGAGGGUUUCUCAUCCGAACCUGGUGAAGCUGUUGGGAUACUGCUUGGAAGGUGACGAGUUGCUUUUGGUGUAUGAGUACAUGCAGAAAGGAAGCUUAGAGAAUCAUCUUUUUCGAAAGGGUUCUGUUGUUCAGCCACUCUCAUGGGAAAUAAGGCUUAGGAUUGCAAUAGGAGCAGCUAAAGGCUUAGCGUUUCUUCACGCUUCAGAGAAGCAAGUCAUUUAUAGAGACUUCAAAGCUUCAAACAUUCUACUUGAUAGUUCAUAUAACGCAAAGCUAUCAGAUUUUGGAUUGGCUAAGUUAGGUCCUUCCGCGAGUCAGUCUCACAUCACAACAAGGGUUAUGGGCACACAUGGUUAUGCAGCUCCAGAGUAUGUUGCUACAGGUCACUUGUAUGUAAAGAGUGAUAACUACGGGUUUGGAGUCGUGUUAGCUGAGAUCUUGACUGGUUUACACGCACUUGAUCCUACCCGGCCCACCGGGCAACACAAUCUAACGGACUGGAUCAAGCCUCAUCUCUCUGAAAGAAGAAAGCUGAGGAGGAUAAUGGACCCUCGUCUAGAAGGAAAGUACCCUUUCAAAUCGGCUUUCCGAGUUGCUCAACUGUCUCUGAAAUGCCUUGAACCCGAGCCAAAGAACCGUCCAUCGAUGACAGAAGUGGUGGAAUCGCUAGAACUCAUUGUGGCUGCCAAUGAGAAACCGUUGCAACGAAGGACCACUAGAGCUUCCCCAACCGUAAGUAACCAACAAAGCCAUUAUCGCCGGGAACAUCUGUCUACAUUUCAACCGAGGCAUACCGUGGCUAGAGGUCACUAGUGUUGGUUGUUUUUGAACACUAGAUAUUCUUUUUUCCUCUCUCUCUCUCUCUGUCUGGUUUUGUAUUCGUUAAAAAGAUGAUUAGAAAACCAUUCAUAUGUAUACUAUAUGGAACCAAAAGACAAGACAUAAGCAUAUGUUGUAACUAGUAAAUGUGUUGUUGUUGUGUGUGUUUGUAGAUGCUUAUAAGAGAUUAAGAAAGUUUUGAAAUAUUAGUUAUCUA